UUGAAAUUCUUCUCUUAUUGACUAAGUCUUACUUUGACUAUUGCAUUUGUGACAAUGACUGAAUACAAAUCGGCGUUUCCCGAUCUCCCCCAGUUUUCUGGGUUCAUGAGACCCUGUCGGCUCGAAGGCGAGGCAUUCAACUUGGAAGUUCUGGGACAAAUUCCCCAGGAAAUCGAGGGAACAUUUUUUAGGGUUAUGCCUGAUCCCCAGACUCCCCCAUUUAUUGAAAAUGACACGUGGUUCAACGGCGAUGGCAACGUUUCUGCCUUUCGCGUCAAGGACGGCAAGGUGUCUUUCAAACAGCGCUAUGUGAGAACAGAAAAGUUUAUACGAGAACGAGAGUCUCAACGAGCGCUACUCGGCAAGUACCGCAACAAGUUCACAGACGCCGUAGAGUUCAGAAUUCGCUCUACCGCCAACACGAAUAUUGUUCAUUUCAAUGGUCAACUGCUAGCAUUGAAGGAGGAUUCGCCCCCCUACGCGAUGGACCCGAUAACGCUGGAAACAAAGGGUCUUUACGAUUUUGACGGGCAGUUGCCAAGUCUGACAUUUACAGCCCAUCCAAAAUUCGACCCGAAGACAGGUGAAAUGGUGUGUUUCGGAUACGAAGCUAAGGGUGAUGGCACACCGGAUGUUUGUUAUUACAACGUGACCGCUGACGGCAAGUUCACCGAGACUGUUUGGCUGGUUGCUCCUGUUGUAGCGAUGAUUCACGAUUUCGCCGUGACAGAGAACUGGGUUAUAUUCCCAAUCAUCCCCCAAGUCUGCGAUCUGGAGAGGAUGAUGCAGGGUGGGGAGCAUUGGCAGUGGAGCUCAACGACACCAAUGUAUCUCGGAGUGAUCCCUCGUCAUGGCGCCCAAUCCACAGAUGUGAAGUGGUUCCAAUACAAGAAUUCAUUCCCCGGCCACACUGCGAAUGCCUACGAAGACAAGAAUGGCAUCCUCGUUAUCGACCUUGGCCUGAGCGAGAAGAACCAGUUUUUCUGGUGGCCAGAUGCAGAAGGCAACGCUCCCGAGCCCAGCUCAAUCCAUGGAGAGCUAGUGCGCUUCACCAUAGAUCCGCAGUCAGAGGAUCUGAACCUGAGCGAACCCAAAGUUCUCCAGGCAGAUAACUCCGAGUUCUAUCGGAUAGAUGACCGAUUCCUCAUGCGGCCUUACCGGCAUUGCUUUUUUGACAUGAUGGACCCAAAACUAGGCACUGAUUUCGAGCGUAUCGCACCAAAUAUUGGGGGUGGUUAUCCCCUUUACAACUCUCUUGGCCACUUUGAUAACCUCACGGGCAAAACAGAGGUAUAUUUCCCUGGGAAGGCACACAUGGUCCAGGAGCCUGUUUUUAUACCCCGACGCAAUUCAACUGUCGAGGGUGAUGGGUAUAUCAUGGUACUAGUAAACAAUUAUGAGACAAUGUCGAGUGAGCUGCACCUGUUGGACACGUCUGAUUUCACAAAACUGCAAGCAAAAAUCCUGAUUCCUGUGCGCUUGCGACACGGAUUACACGGCAGUUGGGUUGAUGGAAAAGAGCUUCCAUUGCCUUCGCAGGCUGAAUAA